CACCGAUCCGAUCUUUGAACCAUGGUCUCGUCCAAUCUGCGUACUCCACAUUAUUCCACAAACCGCAAAUUUAGAAGACUUCUGAUUGAGACAAGCUUCGAGCGACCCUUCCGUUGCCAGGUUCCCCUUCCAGAGCGUCUGUGCUGGUAAGAUCAUGCCCACAUCUCUUCCAGACCCUCCAGCGGCAGCACGCUUGCCUGAGAGGGCCCAGGAUGAGGACCUACCUCUGGUCUUACCGGGUCCGAUCUUUUGGGUCCCCGAGAAGGAAGUCUCCGGGGCCGGUUUGAAGCUUCACAAAGGCGCAUAUAAUCAUCCGUGCGUGAUUCUCUCCGACCGGCCACGGGGCAGAAAAUAUACGUUCGUACUGAUCACGUCCCUUACUGGACAAUCACUGGAGGAUCGCGAAUUCACGCAGGAUUUCAAAGCGCGAGUUCUACCCAUCAGCCCCACGCCAAAACAUCAUGAUAACGGAAUCCUGUUACACCUGGAGCAUGGGCACGAGAUGAAGAGACAUUCGUACGUCAACACCAACAAGCGAUAUAAAGCUGACAUUCGUCAUCUGAGGCGGUAUGAAGAUGGCGUUCGCUGCUUCACCAAAGAGUCGUUGCAGACGAUCAUCGAUAAGGCAGGCUUCAAGGAAGUACCACCUCCACGAGUCGAUUCGCGGAUGGAUAACGAUGCUCAAGACGGAGUAGAACCAACCUCGGGGGGGAGUCGAGAAAGCCAUGCUCCUGUGUUAUCCAAUGCGGACCCUCGCCGGAAAUACUUGCAAAAAGAAUUGAGAGCCAUCAGAAACUCACUCUUGUCCCAAAUCUCCAAAGAGCACCUGCGAAAGUUGAAGAGUAGCGAUGUGUUCAUGAAACAUAAGGCUCAUGGGAAGGCUAUACUCAAUAAUACGUCACUUUGAGCUUUAGCGGCAUGGUCGUGAGAUUCGAUACUAGGUCGUUCCAAG